CCUCACCCAGGCUCUGUGCCCAUUCCUGCCUGGCUGGCUUCCGCUGGUGGUCCUGCGAGAACAUGGUGCAGAAGUACCAGUCUCCUGUCUGCGUCUACAAGUACCCAUUUGAGUUGGUCAUGGCGGCCUAUGAGAAGCGCUUCCCCACCUGCCCGCAGAUUCCGGUCUUCCUGGGCAGCGAGGUCCUACGCGAGUCCCGCAGCGCCGACGGGGCGGUGCACUUGGUGGAGCGGAGCUGCCGGCUGCGCGUGGAAGCCCCGCGGCUGUUGCGGAAGAUUGCAGGCGUCGAGCACGUGGUCUUCGUGCAAAGAAACGUCUUGAACUGGAAGGAGAGGACUCUCCUCAUCGAAGCACACAACGAGACCUUCGCCAGCCGCGUGGUGGUCAAGGAGAACUGCAGCUACACGGUCCACCCUGAGAAUGAAGACUGGACAUGCUUUGAGCAAUCUGCCUCGCUCGACAUCCGGUCCUUCUUUGGCUUCGAAAGUGCCUUGGAGAAGAUCGCCAUGAAGCAGUACACAGCCAACGUCAAGAGGGGGAAGGAGGUGAUCGAGCAUUACCUGAACGAGCUCAUCUCCCAGGGCACCUCUCACAUUCCCCGGUGGACACCUGCCCCAGUCCCAGAGGAGGACACCCACUCCCAGGCUGGGCUGAGGGAUCCUGGCUCCCUGGAGGUCUGCGGGCCUGGCAGCGCCCAGGGCCCUGCUCCCAAGAUGGUCAGUACUGAUGGGGACAAGCUGGAUGCGGACUACAUUGAGAGGUGCCUGGGCCAUCUCACACCCAUGCAGGAGAGCUGCCUGAUCCAGCUGCGGCAUUGGUUGCAGGAGACCCACAGAGGCAAGAUCCCCAAAGACGAGCACAUCCUUAGGUUCCUGCGGGCUCGAGACUUCCACCUGGACAGGGCCCGGGAGAUGCUGUGCCAGUCCUUGAGCUGGCGAAAGCGGCACCAGGUGGACCUCCUCCUUCAGACCUGGCGACCCCCUGCCCUCCUGGAGGAGUUCUAUGCAGGGGGCUGGCACUACCAGGACAUAGAUGGCCGCCCCCUGUACGUCCUGCGUCUGGGCCACAUGGACACCAAGGGCUUGAUGAAGGCCACGGGGGAGGAGGUGCUGCUGCAGCAUGUUCUUUGCGUCAAUGAGGAAGGACAGAAGCGGUGUGAAGGGAACACAAAACAGUUUGGCCGUCCCAUCAGCUCCUGGACCUGCCUGGUGGACCUGGAGGGUCUCAGCCUGCGGCACCUGUGGCGGCCGGGGAUAAAGGCCUUGCUGCGCAUGAUCGAGGUGGUGGAGGACAAUUAUCCUGAGACCCUGGGCCGGCUGCUCAUCGUGCGAGCCCCCCGCGUCUUCCCUGUGCUCUGGACGCUGAUCAGCCCCUUCAUCAAUGAGAACACCAGACAGAAGUUCCUCAUCUACAGCGGCAGCAAUUAUCAGGGCCCCGGAGGCCUUGUCGACUACCUGGACAAAGAAGUGAUCCCUGACUUCCUCGGGGGAGAGUGCCUGUGUAACGUCCCUGAAGGAGGGCUGGUCCCCAAGUCCCUCUAUCUGACGGAAGAGGAUCAGGAACACAGAGACCAGCUGCGGCAGUGGAGAGAGACCUACCAGGCGGCCAGUGUGCUCCGUGCGGCCCCGCAUGAGGUCGCAGUGGAGAUUCUGGAGAGGGAGUCAGUCAUCACCUGGGACUUUGACAUCCUGCAAGGGGACGUGAUGUUCAGUCUGUACCACACCAAGCAGGCGCCCAAGCCAGGCCCCCGGGAGCCUGGGGCCAGGGCUGGCGGGCAGCUGACAGACAAAGGCUGGGCCCUGGGUGCAGAUUACAGCCGUGUGGAGGCCCCCCUCAUCUGCCGGGAAGGGGAGAGCAUCCAGGGCUCCCACGUGACCCAGUGGCCUGGCGUCUACCUGCUCCAGUGGCAAAUGCACAGCGCCCCUGGCCACAUGGCCUGCAGCCUCCCGGGCGUGGAGGAUGUCCUGAUGGCCCUGCACAGCCCUGGCCCCAGGUGCAAACUCCUCUACUACUACGAGGUGCUGGCGUCUGAGGACUUCAGGGGCUCCAUGUCCAGCCUGGAAUCCUGCAGCAGCCGCUUCUCCCAGCUCAGCAGCACCACCUCCUCCUCCAGCCAGUCCCACAGCAGCUCCCUGGUCUCCAGAUAGUCAGGACCGAGCCCUGCGGGGCAGCCUGCUCGCCUCCCACAUCCACAAGUAUCCACGAGGCCUGGGACCGUGUGGGCUGCAGCCCUGGAUCUGGACAUAGCCAAAGUCGGGUUGGCUGGAGCCCCGUGGGCUCUUGAAGUGGUGAGAACAGAAUCAUCUCCGAUGGGGCUUCGCGUACGAAAAGCCAAGGGGUGGGCUAACCACGUUCAGGUUUGGGGGCUCAGGGAUGUCAUCAGGCUCAGUGCCCCCCCCCCCACCACCUCUGGCUCUGCUUCCCUGGGGUAGCCUCCUUUCUCAGGGGCCUUCUAAGACUAUUGGGGUUCCCCCCAUAAGAAGCAGGAAUGUUGGGUGUUCACCAUAGCAUCUAAACCCGUAGCGAUGCCCUGGGUCCCAGGAUAUGCUGGUGAGCAGUUAUAUGAGUUACAGGCUCCACUUUGUGGGGGAGCCGCCUACCCUGGACUUGAAAUUCAUUUUCCCAGCACAUCACUGGGCAGGCCUAACCCUGGCCACCCCUGACUUGAAGAGGGUGGGAAGGCCCAGCUUUUCUGCUGAGUUCCAGGCAGUGAUAAAGCAGCUCUGGCUAUCUUUAUACUCUCUGGAGGUCCCUUUCUCUCCUGGGAAUCUGUUUAAUUGUAACUUUUUUGGUUGUAAGUCACCUCCCAGUGGCUUAAACAAAAAAGGGUGACCAUUCAUGGGUGCAUAUAACUGGCCAGUGUAGGAGGACUUGCUUCAGGUAAGGCUGGAUCCAGGCUCUCAAUGUGUCAUCAGGACUCCCCUGUGGGGUGAGGGCUAUGACUUUGCUGCAGCUGCCCUGGGGCAAAUCUGACCCCCAGAACCAGCUCCAAUAUUGAAAGACUUUCCCCAAGUUCCUGCAUGGGAGGGGUGUGGGUCUCCUUGGGGUCUGAGGACAUUUCUCCUUUCAUUUCCUGGGCCUGCAAAAAGGCAACAGGUCAGAGGUCACUACUGGCAGCCUGCAGUCUGAUCUGGCCUGCUUUUAGUGUUUUUGUUUUUUGCCUAAACAAAAGGUUUAAAAAUUGGGGCAUUUCACACAGAAAUCAGGAUUUACAGCUUCACUUAGGCAUAUAGGAGUGUUGGCCAAACAGAGCCACUAUUGCUGUGUAAAAGACAACACAGCU